CUCGCCACGAAUACUUCUUGGGUCUUGCAGAUCGGGAAGAGGCUAACUGCUCGGCCUCGACUCGAAUACCUUUUGGUUCUUGCAAAUCGGCAAGAGGCUCAACCGGCCGCUUCUCUCGUUUUUUCCCUCCAGACAGCGUUGUGAUAGAGAGAGAGAGAGAUGACCAUCGCCAACGAUGACAAAGUAGCGGAACCGUCUUCUCAAACCCUGGACGUUGCACAGUCUGUCGACGCUCUAUUGGAGGCUGCCAGAUAUGCUGAUAUGGAGGACCUGGAAAGUUUGGCAGCUCUAGCUGUCCCACUUGACUCCAAGGAUUCACAAGGCCGUACAGUUAAUUUGUGCAGUUCUGAAUUGUUGAACCACGAGGACUUUGGACAACAGCCUAGUAUGGCUGACAAUAUCAAGGCUGAGAUUCAUAAUGAGUACAAAGUUGUUGAGAAUCCAUUCUCUUAUGGUUCUACUAUGAAAUUAGAUGGACACAAUUAUGAAAUUUGGUCUUGCAUGUUCAUGAUGUCAGUGGUAGGACAUCGUAAAAAGCACAUCAUUGAAGAAGAUGAACCAGCUGUUAAAAUGGGGAAGUAUGCUACAUGGAAAGAAGACAAUAACAUUGUUAUGUCAUGGAUUAUGAAUAGCGUGCAGCCUGAUAUUGCCCAUUCCCUUGCUUACUACAUGACUGCCAAGCAUAUGUGGACCUUCUUGAGGCAGACUUAUUCCUAUGACAAGAAUGUUUUCAAAAUUUUACAAGUUGAGGAGGAGCUUUUUAAACUGCAGCAGGGUGACAUGGAAUUGUCCCAAUACUUUGCUUUGGUUAAAUCAAGUUAUGAACAACUGAAGGGUCUUCGACCUCCAUGUCAAGCAUGCUACAAGACUCAUUAUGAGCCGACAAUGGUGGCAAAGUUCUUGGCUGGCUUGUCACCUAAGUUUGAGGUAGCUAAGGCAUUGAUGCUUACUGGAGCGGAGAUUCCAGAUCUAGCAGAGGCAUAUAAUAGGCUCAGUAGACUGGCUGUCUAUCUUUCUCAGCCUCAGAGCGAGGCUCCUGCUGCAGCCUUAGCCAUGUCUGGAGGGCAUGGCCAGGCCUCAAGAGGAAGAGGCUCAAGUCAUGGUGCAAGGGGCCAAGGGCGAUUUCAGUGUACUUACUGUGGAAAAUUUGGACAUUUAGAAGAUAGGUGUUGGGACAAACAUGGUCGUCUUGCAUCCACAUCUCAAAGCAGAAGAUUUGGUGCUUUAGGUGGCAGAGGGACCUUUACUUCCCACACUCCAAUCGGAUCUGCCCACGCAGGACUUGCAAACUGGGAAGACGAUUGGCGGCGGCCGUGAACACAAGAGAGUUGACCUAUUGUAGGAAUCAGUGGAGAUUGCCUAUUUCUCUCUCGAAGCCUACCCCAUAUUAGUGGCAUCUCCGAUUGGGUCAUCUAUUAUUGUCCAAACUUCGUAGUGUCUUUCCAAAUAGUCCAACUUUUGAGUCAUUUCAGUGUGAGGCCUGUCAAUUGGGGAAACACACUAGAAGUAAUUUUCCUUCCAGUAUUAGUAUGUCCAGUCAUGCUGUCUUUGAUCUUAUUCAUGUCAAUGUUUGUUGGCCUACCCGGGUUGUAAGCCGGGCCAAGUUUAGGUAUUAUCUUUGUCAUUUUUGAUAAUUUUUUUCAUGUUAGGUGUUCUUGUUAAAAGACAAGCUUGAAGUUGUUUGCAUCUUUCAAAAUUUUAUGGUUGAAAUAAAGACUUGGUUUGGUUUUAUUGUCAAAAAUGUUUGCACUGAUAAUGCUCUUGAGUUCAAAACAAAAUACAUUGUUGCAAUUUUACUACAAGUAUGGAAUUUGUUCUCAAUUUACCUGUCCUCAUACUUUGCAACAAAAUGACAUUGCUAAACGUAAACUUCGGUAUUUACUUGAUAUGGCUUGCACACUUAUGUUACAUGGCUUUGUUACUGCCCAAUUUCAGGGUGAUGCCAUUGUCACUACAUGUUACAUGAUUAACCGCCUUCCAUCCUCUUCUAUUGACAGUCAAAUUGAUAGACCUCUAUUUUCACUUCCACCCAAAGUGUCUGGGUGCGCUUGUUUUGUUCAUGUCCUUGGCCCUACUAGAGAUAAACUUGUUGCUCAAUCAAUUAAAUGUGUUUUUAUUGGCUACCCAAAGCACCAAAAGGGUUACACUUGUUUUAAUCCUCACUAAUAAGUAGUACAUCAUGUUACAUUCUUUGAGUCACGUCCUUACUUUUAGUUUGCUUCACCACUAUCAGAC